AUGGUAAUGGAGCAGCUGAAGGCAGUUCGCCGCCUGAAAGAACGCAUCAAGAAUUUUCGUUUGAUGUACUGUCGAAUGGAAGCGCUUCCGGAAUCCAGCAGUCUACUUUACUGUUGUCGUGUUUCCAAUAUUCCCGAAUAUGAAAAAGCGCUAAUUCGACAAGCUCGCUCUGCGGCGAGAAUUUCUUUAAAAGCAAACUAUGACGAGUGGGUGACUCCAACACUAACUGCCUUAACUUGCAUCAUCUUCAGCUGUGAUUUCCUUGUGGAGUAUCCUGUUGGAGCAACUUUCUCAUAUUACGCACAGGCAUCGCGUCGAAGUAGUAACAGUUUUACGGAGCGUGUUGAAGAUCGUGCAAGUGCAGCAGAAAGAAUCAAAGCAUGGAGUUUGGCCACACUUAAUGCCAGCAGCUGUCUGAUGCAGGACGAACCAGCAAGAAGAAGAGAUAGCAGUGCACCCGCGCAUUGCAUUGGCACAAAUACUCGUUCGUCGAAUGAAUCGGCGGAUUCUUGCGGAGCUGCGGGUAAGUGCUUUCGGGACCUGAUUCUCAAGAUUCACUCUACUGUGCACAGAGAUGUUUCGAUAGUGAAGUUGGCAUCCGGCUCUAUGCGCUGA